AUGUCGGCAUUGAAGAAAUUAACGGGUCGCCGGGCCCCCCUUUUGGAGAGUCCCGGCGGACAGAGUACCCAGCGUGGCGCGAAACCCGGUCGCCAAGCACUCCGGGACACGGACUGUCGCAGGGGCUCGUCCCUUAGAAAAUGGAAGCAGCUCACCAAGAGGGCUGCAGAGAAAGCAAAGCCUGGAGUAGCGGCGUUCAUUGGGAUCUUAGGAUCGGUUGAUCUGACGUCCCCUGAGGUGCACUCGCAACUCUCCAUCAUGCGCACGAUGAUGAAGAAAGGAGGGGAUGGCCCGGGAGAUGACGCCCUCGGUGAUUAUUCCCUUGUCUCCGUAGUCCGGAGGUGCUCGCGCAUCGACGCAGACAUCAAGCAUUCGUCGCUUGAGGAAUUUUACAAUUGGACAAGUACAUUCUUCGAGAUCCCGGGGAUACGGACACAGGGGACGAUAGUGGUUCAACAGAUAAUCCCAGCUAUCAACGCGCUCCGAUCAUAUUUUCCCUUGACAUUCGACAGCCUGUUCAGUCCCGACCAGUUGAAGGAACUUGGGCUCGCGACGACCGUGCUUGAUUGCACGGAUUUGCAACAAUCUGAUGUGAUGUUUGACUCUCUGAUACUGAACCGCUUCACCGCCAUCAAGAGGAAUCCUGUAGCCUGGGCGUCUUGCCUAUCGGGAGUGCCAACUGAACCCCAAUGCCACGGUGCGAUGUCCCUCGCUCAGAUCAGCCAAGCCAUCUUUCAUCCGGGACAUCUCAGCAUGAAUAACGGAUCCACAUCCGUUACAGUUCUGGAUGAGGAUGACGAACCUGGAACGGAACAGCUCGACAACGUGAUCAUGAACCCGGAACUUGUAUCGCACAGCUGCAUUCAGGUUGAACAGUUCAGCCUUAGUCACAACGCUCACCAUUCAUAUCCAGUACCGAGGUCGCACUCGGAAGCAACGGCCUGGACGGAAAAGGAGCGAUUACUCGCGCAAGCUGCACAGAUGCCCAAAACACUGGAGGAUUUGAAGGACAAGCUCUCUAGUAUCUACAGCAACGGUGGGCGAGCGAACUACGAGGAAUACAUCAGGAUAAAGCCUGAUAUUGCCGGAGGGCCCCUUUGUAUCGAUGACAGUGAUGGCUCUUUGAUCGCAUGCAUACUUCCCCACAUGCCCGAAGAUAUGAGAAGGAUGCUCACUGUACACUUGAAAGCUUGCUUCGAGGACGAACCAGAAAACCUGGAAGAGACAGACUCGUCCUCUCAAGGAGAGAGGUACAGCUUCCCGGCUCUACAUUUUUUAUGGUACAACUGCCAUGGUACUAGGGGCCACGAUGUUCCUGUCGAUGCACAUCCCAUGUUGAUCGAGAGAGAAGACACAUCGAGGACGAACUAUAGCCAAAUGCUCCCCUACGAAUCUAAACAUAUGAAGCUCUACAAUAAUCUCAACCGCAUCUUUGCCAGGGUCUUCGAAUGGAUAGCGGGGCAGAUCAAGGAUGUCCUGCGGAUGGACUACAACGACCUUCGCAUUGACGUGGACAUGUUGCCCGGAAAUGUGCACUCAAUUGUGUAUCCCUUCCUUUCUCUUGUCGUCAACCUCAAUGUCGCCACUCUUGCUCACAGAGAUCAUCAAGACAAGACAUUGUGCGUUGUCUUGGUCAUUGGGGAGUUCGAUGGAGGAGAUUUAUGCUUGUAUGAGCCUGGUUUGGUUAUUCUGCUUCGUAACGGGGAUAUUGCUGCAUUCCCUUCUGCUCGUACCACUCACUUCAACUUGCACUUUUCUGGCUGUCGUGCCUCCAUGGUUCUGCACACAGAUAAGGAGAUGGACAAGUGGACCAAGGAUGGAUUUAACGGUUGGCUCAAGAAUAAUCAUUUUCGGUAG